GAACUUGUUCUGCACUUUAUUGUGAGCCUCUGCUUAGCCACGAUCAGGCAGCAUCGCGCAGAUCACCGUGGACAGACGGCUCACCCUAGCAGCGCUGAUGCAAGCGAUCUCCAGGUUGUUCAAACAGCUCUGAGACCUUGGGAUCCGCCCAGGGAUGGGGGUGGGGGCUGAGCUUUGGACAAUUGCUGUUAUAAAAACUCGAGAGGGACUGAGGGCCCGCCACACGUCUGCGUUGAGCUUCCGCGUCACCCCCGCUUCGUGUCAGACAUCUCUGCAGUCUAGCGACCAUGGCCUUCACAGGAACGUGGGAGGUGUACGUCCAGGAGAACUACGAGGAGUUUCUCAGGGCCAUCUCGCUACCUGAGGACGUGAUCAAGAUGGCCAAAGACGUCAAGCCCGUGACAGAGAUCCAGCAGAACGGCAAUGACUUCGUGGUCACGUCCAAGACCCCUCGCCAGUCAGUCACCAACUCCUUCACCAUCGGCAAGGAGACUGAGAUAACCACCCUGGAUGGCAAAAAGCUCAAGUGCACAGUCAGACUGGAGGGUGGCAAACUCAUAUGUGAGACGGACAAAUUCUCCCACAUCCAGGAAAUCAAGGGGGAUGAGAUGGUGGAGACCAUCACCAAAGAGUCUGCUACUAUGAUCCGGAGAAGCAGGAAGGUCUGAUGCGGUCCGCAGCGCUGCUGGGCGGGACAUCCGCUCGCUCGGGGAAUGUCAUUGGCUAUUUAAAUAAACUUUGUCAUUGGACAGAAAUGAAGUGGAA